AUGGAUUUCGUUCAUCCAAAAUCUGUAGAAUGUACACAAACCGAACUUGAUUUAUUUUCUGUCCCACCAACACAAGUCAGUUUAGAAAAGGGGCAUUGGAUUGAUCAUCAACCUGUGUCCAACGUAUCUGAAAAUGGACCAAUUACAUUUUUAGCGCCCGGCACAGAAGAUUAUGUUGACAUGUCUAAGACAAUAUUGGUAGCUAGAGCGAAAGUAACAAAAGCCAAUGGUGGGGAUAUCGAUGAUGACACUAAAGUUGGACCUGUAAACAAUUUCUUGCACAGUUUGUUCAAGCAAGUUGACGUGUUUCUAAAAGGAAAGUUAGUUACACAAGCAACAGGAACAUACCCAUAUCGUGCAUAUCUCGGCACACUUUUAAAUUAUGGUCCGUCAGCCAAACAAUCCCAGCUCACCGCUGCGUUAUUUUACAAAGAUACUGCAGGUCAGAUGGAUAAUGCAGAUCCUGCCCACGCAAGUCCAAACAGGGGUUUGAAGACAAGAAAUAAGUUUAUCAUGGGAAGUAAAAUUGUUGAUAUGGCAGGUCCUAUCUUUUGCGAUGUUUUCUUUGGUGAACGUUACUUACUUAGCUAUGUUGAUUUGAAAGUGGUCAUGAACCGUACCAGUGACGAAUUUGUCUUAAUGUCAUCGGUGGACGGUGCAGCCUUUAGAGUGAAACUGAUAGAUGCAUACCUUAAAGUUCGUAAAGUCAAAGUGAAUCCUAGUAUAUCUCUGGCUCACAAAGUUGCCCUGAAAAAAGGUCCAGCCAUUUACCCAGUAAGACGUGUGGACUGUAAAAGUUUUAUUAUUCCUUCUGGAAACCCUUCGCUGCAAAAAGAUAACCUUUUCAAUGGUUUAGUGCCUAAAUCGUUUGUUUUCGGUCUUGUUGAAAGUGCGUCAUUCAACGGAGCUUAUAAAAAGAACCCAUUCAAUUUCCAGCAUUUCAACAUUUCAUCUUUAGGCAUUUCAAUAAAUGGUGAAUCUGUACCAUUUAAAUCAAUCAAUUUGUCCUUUGGUGCGAAUCCAAGAUUUAUAGAAGCAUUUCUAUCGCAGUUUUCAGGCACUGGGAAAAUGUAUUACGACACAGGCAAUGGCAUUACACGUAAAGAUUUCCCCAACGGUUUUGCCCUGUUCAGCGCGGACUUUACCUCCGAUAUGUGCAGUGCAUCCGAACAUUUUAACACUGUGCAAAAAGGAAACCUAGCCAUUGACUUACAAUUCUCGACACCGCCAACUCAUGCAGUUAGCCUUGUCUGCUAUGGAGAGUUUGAAAAUAUAAUACAAAUCGAUGGAGGGAGAAAUGUCGUUUAUGACUACAUUGGAUAA